CUGACAAAGAGGUUGCAAGAGGUGCUGCUGAAGACAGCAAGGAAGCGGAUGCUGACAAAGGGUGCAGGAGGUGCUGCUGAAGACAGCAAGGAAGCGGAUGCUGACAAAGAGGGUGCAGGAGGUGCUGCUGUCGACAGUGAGGUUGACUGGCUUAAUGGGAUUGUUGAAUGUGGCAAUAGACACAUUCUCAUCCAUGUAAGAGCUAUGCUUGUCGUGGAACAAGUCAAAGUAAGCCAGGGUAAUCCACUUGUUACAUGCCUUCUGGAAGGGCCAAGUGCAGGUAAGAAUAUGCUGGUAAUUGGAAUGGCAAGCGAGGUGAGCUUGAUGGAGUAUCUUGAGAUGCAGGCCAAGCUGUUCCUCAUAAAGUAUGCUUGCCUGACAAUAUAUAGAGACUGACACUUAUUUGGUCCCCAAAGGAUGAGUUGAUAGUUCUCUCCUCCGAGAUGCAGGAAUUGACACCAUCAAUUCAAGGGAGGAGGCACAAGCUCAGAUGAGUUCACACCAGCAACACAAAAAAGGUGCCUUCCAAUGAUCUCUCUCUCUCUCUAUUACUGUUGUAUUUUACUUAUUAGCUCUUUAACAAAGGUCUAUUUCUUCAGUUCAUGAUCCUUUAGCAACCAUAUGAUGUCUCCCUUGUUUUGAAAGAUAUUUUGGCCAAGUUACUACUGCAACAAUAGCUUUCACCUGCAUUCUCGUUCUUACGAUCUCGAGAUAAUAAGAAGGUGGCUAUCGUGCCCAUCAAUUCUCUGUCUCUUUCGUUCUCUUGUUUAUUGGAUCAAAUAAAUCGAAGUUAAGCUAGUCAUGAUCAAUAUACAUGAGAUUGGACACCAUGCAACCAAUAGCUUAAGCUAAUUAGGUUUAAUGCCAAACUCAAUAUAAAUCACCCAUGACUCUUCCAAUUCUGGCAAUCCAGGACUGUUCCUUUGGUUGUCUCACUAAACGAACUUCCACUCUCUGGAAUUCUGAAGUAGCACUACGAAGCUUUGAUCUCUUCUCUCAAUCUCUCUCUCUCUCUCUCUUCUCUCUCUCUCUCUCUCUCUCUCUCUCUCUCUCUCUCUCUCUCUCUCUCUCUCUCUCUCUGUAUGUCUUUAAAAAUGGUUGUAAUGCUGAAUUGCUAUGUUUAUCUUGGCCAAACUGUGUCCAUCUUUGAGCAGAUAAAUCUGGCGAUAAUGUUCUUUUUCCUGAAAGCACUGCAGGCUGAGGGCCUGAAAUCACAUCGGACGCCCACUGGGUCAUGAUGAUAUGGACUCCUCCACAGCGAGCAGCCAUGGGAUGUGAGAUCCACAUAGCAACGUAGAUAAGGGAAGCCCGCAACACUAGGCUGUUGUUGUUCCAGUAAAGAUCGAAAGGUCAGGCGACAGUGACGAUCGACUUUUUCGAGCAUGACAACGACGACCUGCUCCUGCAAUGUCCGUUCCCUACCGUAGAGUGGGAAUAUAUGGGUUUGUAGUUGGCACUAUUUCUCGCAGGAAUUAAUUGAAAGCCAUGCAAAUUGCUGUUUUUCUUUCUUACAUUAAUCUUCUUCUGUUACAUAAAAUUGCACAUAAGACAUUUCGGUAUGGAUCCAAACAUGAGAUCUAUCAUUGAAGUAAUGGGUAGGAUUUACAUUA